CUGCGUCCCGGGGCGGGGAAUCGCGUAAUGGCGGACUCGGGCCGGGCGAGCGCGGCUGGGGGCGUAGCGCGUUGAGGGGGGUCCGGCUGUGUGGCAGCCCGCGAGGCGGUCCGCGGGGCCACACCCCGUGCGGAGACGGGGCGGCCGGCCGGCCCUUCUUGUCGCUGAGGGCGACCGCGCGAGGCCAGGUUGUUUUUCAUCAUUGAGAACAUCGCCUGAAGCAGGUCCACCAUGCCGUUAGUGACGAGGAACAUCGAGCCAAGGCACCUGUGCCGGCAGACGCUGCCCAGAGUUAGAAGCGAGCUGGAAUGCAUGACCAACAUCACCCUGGCAAAUGUCAUCCGACAGCUGGGCAGCCUGAGUAAAUAUGCAGAGGACAUUUUUGGAGAGCUCUUUACUCAGGCAAAAACCUUUGCCUCUCGGGUAAGCUCCCUUGCUGAGAGGGUUGACCGACUACAAGUUAAAGUCACUCAGCUGGAUCCCAAGGAAGAAGAAGUGUCGCUGCAAGGAAUCAACACCCGAAAGGCCUUCCGAAGCUCCACCAUUCAGGACCAGAAGCUCUUUGACAGAAACUCUCUCCCAGUGCCUGUCUUGGAAACAUAUAAUACCUGUGAUACUCCUCCCCCUCUCAACAAUCUUACCCCAUACAGGGAUGAUGGAAAAGAGGCACUCAAAUUCUACACCGACCCUUCAUACUUCUUUGAUCUUUGGAAGGAGAAGAUGCUGCAGGACACCAAGGAUAUCAUGAAAGAGAAGAGAAAGCACAGGAAAGAGAAGAAAGAUAAUCCAAACCGAGGGAAUGUAAACCCACGUAAAAUCAAGACCCGUAAGGAAGAGUGGGAGAAAAUGAAGAUGGGACAAGAAUUUGUGGAGUCCAAAGAAAAGCUGGGGCCUUCUGGGUACUCACCCACCUUGGUGUACCAGAAUGGCUGUGUUGGCUCAGUUGAAAACAUGGAUGCAGGCAGCUAUCCUCCACCACCACAGGCCGACUCCACCUCUUCACCUUCUCCUGCCUUCUCUGAGGACAACUUGCCUCCCCCACCAGCAGAAUUCAGCUACCCGGCAGACAACCAAAGAGGUUCUGGCUUGGCUGGAACCAAAAGAUCCAGCAUGGUCAGCCCAAGCCAUCCACCCCCAGCUCCACCUCUAGGCUCUCCGCCAGGCCCCAAACCUGGCUUUGCUCCACCACCUGCCCCUCCUCCUCCACCUCCGAUGGGUGUCCCACCUCCACCGCCACCUAUGGGAUUUGGGUCUCCAGGCACCCCUCCCCCACCUUCACCCCCAUCUUUCCCACCUCACCCUGAUUUUGCUGCUCCUCCACCUCCUCCCCCACCACCGGCAGCUGACUACCCAACAUUGCCACCACCUCCCUUGUCCCAGCCAGCAGGUGGAGCCCCUCCGCCACCCCCACCGCCCCCGCCCCCAGGGCCCCCACCUCUCCCGUUCAGUGGUGGGGACAGCCAGCCUGCUAUACCACCGCCACCUUCUGAUGCCACCAAGCCCAAGUCCUCCUUGCCUGCUGUGAGUGAUGCCCGCAGUGACCUGCUCUCCGCCAUCCGUCAAGGCUUCCAGCUGCGCAGGGUUGAGGAGCAGCAGGAGCAAGAGAAGCGGGACGUCGUGGGCAAUGACGUGGCCACCAUCUUGUCACGGCGCAUUGCUGUGGAGUACAGCGACUCGGAAGACGACUCCUCUGAGUUCGAUGAGGACGACUGGUCCGAUUAACGCCCCGCUGCUGCGUGCCUCCUCUGUCUUUCCUUCCUCCCUGCCGCCUCUGGUGCCGACCCGCAGCAGUCACAGCCCGUGGGGCGGGGUGGGGGGGUGGGGAUUCCAAGGGGCCAAAGUCUUCUCUGAAGCAACCAAAGAUGUAUCCAAGUGCUUCCUCCAGGUGGACAUGGAUUUCCUGUCCCAGCUGUCAGGCCCCUGGGGGCUCCUGAGCUCCAGCGCUGAGAUGCCCCCUUGUCCCUGCAGCUGACCGCUGCAUAUUGGAAGGAAGCCCAAAGUGGGCCCCUUUGCUUGGGUUUCAGUGGAUGCGGUGUCUUCCACUAGAAGCCCUUUUCAAUCAUGGUCUCUCCAAUCUUUGCCCUCAGCCACUUCAAAUAAUGCGAGCCCUCUUCAGUCCUAAAUCAGUGAAAGCAGCCUGUGUGGACACGGCCAGCCCCUCGCCCGCACCCUGAGAACUCGGUGCAGGCCGAAUGUCCCAGCAGCCAGCCUGCCAUGCCUUUCUGCCGCACCCUCUGCCCCAGCUGGCAGGGCGGGGCUGCCUUUGGCGAAGGCCUCUCUGUGCUGGCAUUGCCCCUGGUCCACAGGCAGCAGACCUCUUAGUGUCUCACCCCCUCGCCCCAGAAUGCUGCCUCCCUUCCAGGCUCUCCCCGUGAGCGAGGUGUUCAGGUUCCGCUUCAGUGCCCUCCCCCACCCCGGGUGUCUUAAGGCAGCACAGCUCAGUUUUGACCUAACUGGCCCUGACACUCAGGAAGCUGGGCCUGUGCCAUCUGCCGGGGGCGGAGCUGAGAGCGGGACCUUUGCACCUGCCCUCUUCAGGAUGCUGGGGCCUAGAAGGAAGUGACUUGGUCAAGGUCACACGGUUGAAUGGUGACAGAGCAAGAGCCUGAGUGCCUGAUUUCAAGUCACCUGUGCUUUCUGGGACCAAAAAAUGGGCAGCAGCUGGAGUCGGAGCAGAGCCGGGUGGCUCGGUGCUCCUCCGGCCCUCACGCUGGGAGGGGGUGCUCGGAUGCUUGUAGCCUGGCUUGUAGUUCUUUGUUGCUGCUUUUCUGUCACCUCCUCACCACAGGGCCCGAGACCUGCUCUUGCAGGGCCCGAAAGCAGUGGGAGAGGGGAGGGGCUGCAGCUCUGACAGGUGCUGUUUUCAAUUCCUCCGCGACUCCGCCCCCUUUUACUUCCGCCGGUUAAGCCUAGGCUCUGCCAACUGUAGAAACUUGGGUCCCUCCGGCUGGCAGGUCCCUGCGGGGUGGGCGGGGUGGGGGCGGGGUGAGGGGGUUCUGGCAGCUGUGAAAAGGGCUGUGAGGCACAGGGACUUGAGGUCCUCUUUCCAGCACCCUCACUGUGUGUGGCAAGGUUCCCUCCUCUGCUCCCUGCCUUCCCGGAGCUCAUACACAGGUGCUACCAUUCAGGGGAAAAAAAAACUGGCAGCUCUGGCCAACAGCAAGGUUUCUUCUCUUCUGCCCUGACGAUUGUGUAGCCUCUUACGCUGAAAUCGGCUUCUCCUGGCUUCUUGGCCUUUCAGAGCCCUGAAACAAAGAGAAACAGGAUCUGUCUCUACCCAGCACACAAAUGGUUGUAGUAAUUGCCAAAGCCCUCGUAAACCCCUCCGGCUCGAGGAGGGUAUGUAUAAUCAGGGUUCUGUCGCGAGCCCUUGCCGAGCACCUCCCCUCUGCCUGCCCGCCUGCCCGCCCGCCUUGAACUUGGGGCGUGGGACUGAGCCUGUGGGUGCCAGCAGGACCCCUGCCACAGCCACUCCCCAGAUCAGGUGUGUCUGAGACCGGGCAGGCGCCCCGCUCCACUCAGCACACGGUGCCUACUCCGCCCGUCUCCCAUCCUGCUUUCAUCAGGACCCUAACAUGGCCGAUGGAGGGGCCUCGGCUGCAGCCAGCAGCGGCUGGGGAGGCAGGCAGAGGGCAGCGGUUCUCCCAAAUAGGAGUCCUGGGGCCUGGCCAGGCCAGGGUUUGGGCCUAAUGGCUUUGACUAAAUUACCCCCAUCCUCCUCCUUUCCGGAAAAGGGGGAGCCAGAGCCACUCUCUGUCAUUCUGCUCUGACCUUGAAGGGGGCGGUGUUGGCCUGGCUUCUGGAAUGGACAGAGUCCACGGCGGAGAGGGCCGGGGGCAGGAGGAGGUGGGGAGGGCCCUGCCUGCGGAAGGUAGGAUUAGAUCAUUAGCUCAGUGACCUCCUAGGGUUUCGAUGUGCUGUGUUCUCAUCCUACAGCUGGUUUGGUAAUGAUCUGCAAGUCCCGGAGAGCAACAGCACAGCUCUGCCUGGCGCUCUCAUUAAAAUCUAUGCAGCCAAGCUCGGCGCUUUGUAGCAGCCGGCCUUGCGAAGCCUCCUCAGCUCGGGGGGCUGGGGACCCAGUCAGCCGAGAGGCCCUCUGGGCUCUACUUAUGCAUAUGUGCACCAAAAAAAAAAAAAAAAAACUUCUUUAAACCUAGAGCCCUUUAAGAUGAUAAAGGACCCAAUGCAGGUAAUCGUGUUUUGGAAUCGAGUAAUUGUAGAAUGCAAAGUUUAGUGAUUAUUUAAACUGGGCCGAGGCUGGUAACAGUAUGAAACAAUGGCCCGUAAGGACUCUUAAAGCGCUGAAGCCGAAGAGCCACCUCCUUCCUUGGUCUGCCCGGCCCAGGGGAGCUGCCCCCAUUCCUGUGGCCCAAGGGCCCAGCUUCCCAUCGGCAGUGUCAGAAGUGACUUGUGGCUUUGCCUUGGUCCUGAGAUGAUUUCAUUCCAAAGGAGCAGCCCGGGGAAGCGGGGGUGGGGGGGGUGGUGUGUGUGUGUGUGUGUGUGUGGUGUGUGUGUCCCUGGGAGGCUCAGAGCAGCUGGCCCAAGCUCCAGCUUGCCUCCAAUGGAAGCUCGAGUGCCCUCAGAAACGACCCUGGCCAAUGUCACCGCAGAGCCGAGGCGGUGUUGUCAGGGCUAAUGUGAAAUCUCUUCCCGUGGCGCCGAUCCUCUGACUGCAGCGCCAGCUUGGACAGAUUGAGGUCUCUGUGGCUUUGGUGACCCUGCUUGAGCAUUCCCACCGUGUCGGGCUCUGCUGUAGCACCGCCUCCCACUGCAGCCCCCACCAACCUGAGGUCCCAGGCGGGGGCGGGGUUCCAAGGCUGCAGGGGGUGGGGGAGGGGGUGCCUUUUGCUCCUGAGAAACACUGGGCUUCCUGGGAGGUCAGGCUUUGAACCUGGCUGGGGUCCAGCUGACCUGGGACCAGGUGUCGCACAGAAAUGUGCCUCACUCUGUGCCUGCUGCCACGUUCACUUUAACAGUGCCUCGGUGAGGGCUAGGGAACAAUUUUGUUAUUGUAUUAACGUUAUUCAGCUAAUUCACUUGAGAAACUAACCAAUUUUUACUUUCUGUCUAGAAUGAUGUACAUGUAGGAGAGUAAGCCGUAAUGCUCCCAAAGUGCCUUGUUUUCUCUGAUAUAAAUAUAUUUAUAAGGACAUAUUCCAGUGGGUUCCUGGGUGUGUUUGCCACGGUGAGAUUUUAGGGAGUGAGUGAGUAUGGAGUGGGAUACAGUUUGCCAGCAGGCCCCUCCUCCUGAGCACAGACAGGAGUGAUCUGCGUAGUAGGGCAAAGCUAGACCCUGACGCAACCCUUGCCUCUUCUGCCUGGUUUGUAGACCCUUAGAAGGACGGCCAGUUUUUUGGUCUCAUUCGCUUCCUGCCAGGCUCACGUGUGUACCACAUUUGUGCCCUGGUGACCUGCAGGUUCCGUGUAACCAUUUUAUGUAUACACAUGAGUCCUGAAAUGCCAAUGUUUAAAAUCAUCUGAUAAAGUCUUUGUAGCCACUCAGUCA